AUCAGCAGAAGUUUCUCACCUUGGAAAGUGAGGGAAGCUCCCGCAUCUCCAGCUCAUACUCACCUCUGCGCCAGAGGAUCUUAGGCUACUUUCUCCGCCUCAUCUUGCCUAGGGGACUGCUGAUAGUCUCUGUCCUUGCUGCCCUGUUUAAUGUUACCUUCCAGGGAAAAGAGUGCAAGGAACAACUGGGUGCUAAGAAACUGACCCCAGGCCCUGCGGGCCUCUGGAGAGAGGAGACAGGAGAGGAGUGGCUGGGGCUGGGGGUCUCCAUGCGUGGGCAAUGGACAGAGCGGCGCUCCUGGCCCUGCCCAGCUUGUGUGCGCUGUGGGCAGCGGUGCUGUCGCUGCUCCCCUGCGGAACCCAGGGCAACUGGAUGUGGUUGGGCAUCGCCUCCUUCGGGGUACCGGAGAAGCUGGGCUGCACCGGCUUGCCGCUGAACAGCCGCCAGAAGGAGCUGUGCAAGAGGAAACCGUACCUGCUACCUAGCAUCCGCGAGGGCGCCAGGCUGGGCAUUCAGGAGUGCAGAAGCCAGUUCCGGCACGAGAGGUGGAACUGUAUGGUCGCCACUGCCACCUCCACCCAGCUCGACACAGCUCCCCUCUUUGGUUAUGAGCUGAGUAGUGGCACCAAGGAGACAGCAUUCAUUUAUGCCAUCAUGGCGGCAGGCCUGGUGCACUCCGUAACCAGGUCAUGCAGUGCAGGAAACAUGACUGAAUGUUCCUGUGACACCACCUUGCAGAAUGGUGGCUCGCCAAGUGAAGGCUGGCACUGGGGAGGAUGCUCUGAUGAUGUCCAGUACGGCAUGUGGUUCAGCAGAAAGUUUCUAGAUCUCCCCAUCAGAAACGCCACAGGAAAAGAAAGCAAAGUCCUGCUGGCCAUGAAUCUACACAACAACGAAGCAGGGCGGCAGGCUGUCGCCAAGUUAAUGUCUGUGGAUUGCCGCUGCCACGGAGUUUCCGGCUCCUGUGCUGUGAAAACCUGCUGGAAAACUAUGUCUUCUUUUGAAAAGAUUGGGCAUUUUUUAAAGGAUAAAUAUGAAAACAGCAUCCAGAUCUCAGACAAAACCAAGAGGAAAAUGCGCAGGAGAGAAAAAGAUCAGAGGCAGACACCCAUUCUCAAGGAUGACCUGCUGUACGUUCAUAAGUCUCCCAACUACUGCGUGGAGAACAAGAAACUGGGUAUUCCUGGGACACAGGGCAGAGAGUGCAACCGGACAUCAGGAGGCGCGGAUGGCUGUAACCUCCUCUGCUGUGGCAGAGGCUACAACACCCAUGUAGUCAGGCACGUGGAGAGGUGUGAGUGUAAGUUUAUCUGGUGCUGCUACGUCCGCUGCAGGAGGUGUGAAAGUAUGACCGAUGUCCACACGUGUAAGUAACCUCUCCAUCCAGCCUAGCAUGAGAUGCCUCCGUAGCAACCAACGGUGUUGGCAUCUGGAGGGCGCCCCUACUGUGCAUGGCUGGGGAAGCGGCUGCCUGUAAGAGUGUUCCCAGACCCCUGGGUUAGUCUAAGAUUUCUUUCUUUCUGGCAGACUUCGAAUCACAAGCUGAUUGCGAGGACUGCUUGGGAUUCUAAAGUUGAAAAGGUUGGCAGUCGCCUUUGGAUGGUUUGGGGAAUAUACAUUGAUAUACAGGGAACAUCAAUCUGUUUCUGAAGCAAUGUGG